UGUAUCUGUUUAGAGUUUGUGGUUUCCUUGAAGGGGUAGGAAAGUUCACCCAAAAAUGAAAAUUCUGUCAUCAUUUACUCAUCCACAAGUCGUUCCAAACCUGUAUAAAUGUCUUUGUACUGCUGAACAUAAAGCCAGAUAUUUGGAAGAAUGUUAGAAACUGAAAUUUCUGGGACAUCAUUGACUACUAUAGUAGGUCAAAUUAAAAUGGUAGUCAAAGGUGCCCUAGAACGGUUUGCUUUACUUAAUUCUUCCAAAUAUCUCAUUCUGUGUUCAGCAGAACAAAAUGAUACAAUUAUUUUUCCUCUUCCUAAUUUCCUCGUGUUCAACCAAACAUAGAAAUGUAUACAAGUUGGACCAACAUGAUUGUGGGUUAAUUAUGACAGAAUUUAAAUUUUUGGCGUAAGCAUCCCUUCAAGUGUAUUGCACACUAUCUUGAAUGUGAGUAUAAUAAAUACAAUGCCUACAUUGCAGGAUAUUUAAAAUUAAUACCAUUUUAAGAAUUAUUUAGUAUAUUUAAAUAAAAAUUUCUUUCAAACAUCAAAUGUACUUAAAAUGUUAAAAAGUAACACCCUUUUAUUAGCAUAACGCUAUUAACAUAACGUCUUCCUUCCAGCCAAUCUGUUUGUUCAGCGUCACUGUACGUAAUUAAUAUUUAUGAGUCAAGGUAAUGCGUCGUAAGAACAGAUCCAGGUGGGGGUGUUGCCAAACUGAUACAGGUGGCUGACGAGCUGUACGUGUUUUAUUGCCAAACAUCAUGCAAAAGAAUUUCAGUCACAACCAGCGACUAAUGAUAGAAAUUAGAAACGGAAGCAUUUGAUGUAAUAUUUUGCGAGGAGUUCGCUUUUCCUUAUGCGUGACAGCAAAAGUGCAAGUUAUGGAUAAGAUAACAGUCCUAGACUUUGUCUGCCGAUGGAGCCCAGAGUUUGCUAAAGGAUGCUUUUCGACAUACGAAGGACACAUCUGCAUCUCGGCAGCAUUUUACCUCCUGUCUGCUUUGAUAUUGCUGGUUUCAUGUUCACUUCUUCUUUAUCACAGAUGCAGAUGGAGGCAUUGGAGUGAUGAGGCUGCCUGUGCCAUGUAUUGUUUCAUUGGGAACUUGUGCGGCGCAGUGGGAGCUUUGCUCUCCAACCAGUUUGGAUUUCUGAUUUCCAUGGCUUCAUUUGUGGCGGUCCUGGACAUCGUUCACAUCUUGUCAAUAUCUUGCUCCAUUUACUUAUGGUAUUACUCAAAAACAGGAAAGACCACGAGAAUGAUGUCUAAGAGAAGACGGCAACAUUUUUAUGCUGUGCCAUUACUGUUUGCAGUGGGGGGCAGCAUUUACCUGUGUUCAGCUGUCCAUCUGAGUCCUAUAAGAGUACCUACAACCGGGAGAAGACUACUCAAUCUGUUUUAUGACGACUAUAUUGAGAACCUCGGAUACAUUCUAGGGCUUCUGUCUUUUGCAAUCAGCUGGACUGCUAAGUUUCCCUUCUUUUUAAAGGCUAACAGAGGAGAACAGAGUUCUGCUCUGCAGGUGUCUUCUAGAAUGCUGUGUUCUCUUGCUGGAGGUCUGUACGCUUCUUCCAUUCUUCUGUAUGACAUCCAGCCGAGAACUGUUGUCAAAGCAAUGCCAUGGAUACUCGCAGCCAUCUGCUGCGCUCUUAUGGAUUUAGCUAUUGUGGCCCUCGCCUUUUACAGAUCCAAACAUAAACGUCCUUCUGUUCGGUCUUUAGACUCGGAUACAGAGUCUUUACUAAGAGAACCUUCAAGCACAAAUAAGCAUUGCAACAACAACAUUAAUUGCCAUAGAAAGCAGCACUUGAACAGAUGCAAAUCUCCUAAAGGCACUGACAUGGGUCUCUACAUGGAUGUCAACAUACAGCCAAUGAGAAAGGUCUGUUUAAAGGAGGUGACAAUCUCCCGUAAUGGCUCAUCCGAUGCUCUUCCUCUCAAAAGAACUGUAAGGGUGGUACGGGUGGAUGAACCUUGUUCUUCAGGCACUUCUACUGAUUCGUCGUCCCUCAACUCUGAACUCGAGUGGGACUUUGAAGAAACAAAGACCCAGUGGAUCCCAGUAGAAGAAGCCCCCGAAGAUCUACAAAAGAUCGAGGCGUUCCCGCUCCAGGAGUGGCAAGUGAGCCCAGGAACAAAGUCAACCAGCGGACCCUGCUCUCACGUCUGCCUCUGCAAUCGUGCACAGUUGGCUGAGAAGUUGGGAUCCAGAAAAACAGACCACAAGCCAGAAGUUCGCUUACAAAGCAAAGGAGAUAAAUUGACAACAUUUCAAACCUCACAACUAGUCUGACUAUUGUUUCCAACUGAUCUGAUGUAUCUUUCCCUCGAGGCUACUGGGGCUCUCAGCACUUCCCUGUCAUUCACACUGAGCACUUUUUCCAUUGUCGUUCCCUUCCCUCUGGAGAAGCACACCGCUGAUUAAUAGGAUGGCUCUGAAACGCUUAUCAGGCCUGUCGUUUUCAUAGACGAUACAGAACAUUGACAAAUGAAGGGAGGUGUCACAUCGACUGCCCUAAUAAAAACAAUAUCACCCUCUCGCAGGCUUGCCAGGUCAUGGGGUCAUUUCCUUUAUUUUUAUGGUCGCUGCCGGUUUAUUUGAACUGGACUGGAAAAGCCCCAGCGGCGCGAGAUACGAUGCAGACUAGACGAGUGUCCUCGCGGGUCUCUAGACUUGGCCUGUCGUGGUCUGCCUCCCCGGCUUUUUGUGUCUCGCUCUGUCUUGUUUAACUGAUUUGUAUUCCGGAGACUUCCUUAAAGUCUGACAGCGAAACAAUGUGUCGAUUAGGGAAUUUCAACAAGAGAAACACUGCUAGUGCAGCUGAUUAAUUGUACAUUAACUUGACGGGUGCGGGUUAAUGUUCUAAUAAUUUAAAACUGACAAAAGAUCUUUCUGUAUAUAUAUUUAUCACUUUAUUGUAGUAAAGUUUGAUUAGUGGGAUGAAGCAUGGGAUUGGAAAAUGACACGGCCAACCUUAGACCUACCACACAAUCUAUGCUUUCUCAAUUCCUCACUGGGUUCUGGGGCCCUCGGACCGGGUUAAAUCUGCUCUUUGGACUACGCUGAGCCAUCAUUUCACAGUGCGGUCAUUGACGUAACAAGCCAGGAUGCUGGUGUCUCUGACAUCACUAAACUUCCCUGGGCAUUACCAGGCAGCCAGCCUAUAUGGGGCCUGAGUUUGCUCCUAAUC